AGUACGUGCGAGCGUGAAGACUGCGGCAGGUCACUGGUCGGCGGAUUAUGGCGGAGAGUGACGAAGAACACGAACGAAGUAGAAACAGAGAUAAGUUUAGAAGAGAGAGAAAUGAUUAUGGUGAAAAGCCUCGUAGUCGCACUGACUUCCGGGAUAGGAGGACAUGGAGGGAUGACCACGAGGUUGGUGGUAGAAGGCGUAAUAGGGAGGAAUUUGAUGAUGAAAGAGAGCGCCGUAGACAUUCUUCCCCUGGCCGUGGCCGAGACUGGAGCCCUCCACCACAUAAGAGACUAAGAAGAGAGCCAUGGGAAGGAUUUCGUGGUUUCCCACCUGACAUGAUGUCUCCGUUUGCAAUGAGAGGUCCAUGGAUGGGCCCUGAUAUGCCCGGAGCAAUGCAUCAUAUGCCACCUAGACCUGUAGGUCAAUCAAGUGAGGCUAUGGGUGGUCAGUCUAAGAAAGCCAUGCUGUCAUUCAAGCAGUUUCUUACCCAGCAAGAUGAUAGUAUUGACGAGGGAGAGGCUAUACAGCUGUACCAGGAAUACAAGAGUGAUUUUAAAAGAAAGCAGAUAACUGACUUUUUUGAUGAGCAUAAAGAAGAAGAUUGCUUGAUAACUGUUUUAUCUCACCAGCCUCACCCAACUUGUGUGUAGCUCUAUUAUAGCAUGUGGCCAAGACUGUGCCAUAGUUUAGUUUUUGGCCUUACUCUGGCCAAAUGAAUGUGGACAAUUAGGUGCAUUAUGUUCCACAAUAAUAGAACACAACAAACAUCUAAUAUUUGUAAUUCAAUCUUCGAACCAGUUAGUUGGCAAGUAUCAUCCAGAGCACAUUUCAUCUCGAGAGGAAGCUCACAAAGCCAGCCUGCAGAGUCGAUUGCAGUCAUUUUUCUUUCUUUUGGAAUCUGAUCGAUUAGAUAAUGUUUCACUCUGGUCUGAGUGUGCUGAUGAAAUAGUUAGCACAAUGGAUGCUGGAGUAAUAUUGAUGGAAGGUGGUACAGAGCAUGAUCUGCUAUCUUUAACCAGUUCAGUGGCAGAUCAGGAAGACAGAAAGGACGUUAAGGAGGAGAUGGUGGCGGAGAAUGUGGAGGAAAAAGCUGAAAUAGAGGAGAGCAGUGAAAAGGAACCCCAUGAAGAGAAUUUACAGGAGUCUCCAAAAAUAGACAAGGCUCUUUUUAUGGAAGUCACAGAUGAACAGCGAAAAUUGGCCCAGCAAGCUCGGAUGUACGGUGAACAAAUGCAGGCUCUUUCUGAAUCUGCCGGGGGAAGAAAAAGAAAAAGACGUGAAAAGCAAAAGAGAGAGGGUGGAGAUGAUGAUGAAUACUCAUAUACUGGAGACAAAAGCGAUGGUAGCUCAGAAGAGUCUGAAGCAGAAGCUAUAGCUGAUCAACCUCCUCCACCUGGUCUUGAACCUCCCACAGAAGCAAGUUCUGACGAUGUUGUUGAAAAUGGAGAAGAUAAAUCCAAAGACACACUUGGAGCUGAGAAUGCUAAGAAAAAUACUAGUAAGGAGACUAGAUCACCACUCCCCUUACACAUUACUCGGUCAGUGUAUAUUCGUCACCUUCCUGCAAAGAUUUCAGCUGAAGAUAUAGUGGAGAUAUGCCGAACAAUUCCUGGGUAUCUGAGGAUUGCUUUUGCCGACCCGGAUCCUAACAGAGGGUAUGAACGUCGUGGAUGGGUGACAUACUCACACAACACUGACAUUCGAGAAGUCACGGCAAGACUCACCACUAACAAGGUGAAAGACGUACAGCUUAACUGUAUGGUUAACAGGGAGUUGACCAGAAGAGUAAAGUUUGGGCAGGAAGUAUCCUGGGCUAGCCGAGCUGUGCACGCAGAUCUCCAUGUGACCUUGAAUCUUGUGAAGACCAUGGAUGAAAAGGCUAAACUUUGGGAGCACUCUCUUGGAUCAGAUAAUACAAAGCCUAAUCCCGUGGUUUCUGUCCCCGACUCGCUGCUUUCAGAAGAUUCACCCGCUGGGAAUAUAGCAGGGGAGGAGGAGGAAGGUGUUGUUAGUGAUCCUGGUACUGAGAUACUGCCUGAAACUGAUGAUAAAAUGAAGGCUCUAGAUCGCCUGAUUUGGUAUCUGAGACUAGUCCAUUCCAUUGACUUCUAUAAUGGAAUUUUCAUUUCCUGCUGAGGACUGCAUGCCGCAUCGUUGCGGAAUAUUCACAGUCCGUCCGAAGAAACCAACAGCCGUCACUCAGGAAGAAGUGAGUGUAUACAAUGACUCAACCAAAUCACGGAUCAAGCCUCUCCUUGAGGCUAAGAAGGAAAUGACUGAAGAUGACAUAGAGAAGUUUGGCAAGAAAGACCCAGAUGCUGAGGUGGAGCGUUUCAUUGAGGUCAAUACCCAGAAAUUGGCUGAGAACAAAUACCUUUGUCCACUGAGUGGAAAGAAAUUCAAAGGCCCUGACUUUGUCCGCAAGCAUAUCUUCAACAAACACAGUGACAAGGUUGAAGCUGUGCGGCAAGAGACCGAGUUUUUCAAUAACUACCUUCGUGACCUUGACCGUCCUGGGCAGGAAAAUUCCACCACAGCACCCUCACAUUCUGCUUCACCUGGGGGUGCCAUAGUACAUUUGGAUGAGAGAGCAGCUGUGUCACCUGGUGGCCCUUCUACCCCUGGUAGCUGGGGCCAGCCUCCACACAUGAUGUUUCCUAGAGGUGGAUUUACCCCAGCAUUUCCUCCAGGGAUGUUGGGAGGAAGAGGUGGAUUUCGGUCAAGGGGUGGUCGUAGAGGUCGUGGAAGAAAGGUCAUCAAUUAUCAUGACCUUGAUGCACCAGACCAAGGAGAGAUGUAUUAGCUGACUGAACAAUGAAAUUUGCUUGCAUUUGAGAGACUUUCUACACUGUUAUCUUGCACAUGCAGAGGUGGGGCUGGUGGUAAUUGUGCGGGAGGGGCGAGCAGCAUGCGUCCGUGCUGCUUUGUUGUAUAGUGCUACACGCGCACUGAAUCGACCGUGAGCGAUGGCUGGCAGUUCCAGAGGUGGACGAUUGGCAGUAGUGAAUGUUUUGAAGAUGGUAGCAAGUUCAAGGUAUCACUUAGCUAUACUUGGAAUACUACAGUUCUGUUCUGGCACUAUAAUUAUACCUAGGCUCACAGAGAAUUAGGGUUAUUUAUUACGUCAGGGAAGGCAAAUCUGGCGAAUUCCCCCUCUUCCAGAGAAUUGAUAGUCAAUCUUUUAGUUCAUGCAUGACUGCGGAGAAAAUCACCCAAGAAUCAGAGUGAUAGUUCGUGACUCUGUGCUAUUAUGACAGUCUUGGGUUUUGUUUGUCGAGCAGUGCCCGAUGCAGCAUAAGGACUGUAUUGCUUGAGAGCUGCUUGGGUCUUCGGUGCCAGUAUAAAUGUAGGAAGCGAGACUGAACACAAUAAGGUUGCAGUGCUAGCUACUUUCAAUUACAUUCGAGUUAAUGAGAACCUUCUAACGGGCGUGUAUGACUUUCUUCACUUGUAUUACCUUAUGUGGAUGAACGAUAUCUAUCAUUUCUGCAUAGUUUAUCAGCACUAGCAACAUUGAACAGAUAUCUGCUUUGACGAUAAUCAACACCCGGUGUAUUCUCUUGCAAUUGGGAGUUGCUGCAUAGCAGCAUUGAAUUACAUUUUGUUGAAAUUCUACAGUUGUUCAUGCCCUGCUCAUUCAUAUGCAUAUGGCCACCUUCACCCAAAAGGUGUACAGCUUCGCCCACAGUCCAGUUCUAAUGAGAAGGAGUAUGCAUUUGAGAUGGCCAGUUCCAGUAUACGGUAUGGAGAUGGGGUGACAAAGGAGGUGGGAUGGGAUGUGAUCAAUCUUGGCAUCAAGAAUCUUGUUGUCGUCACUGAUAACAAUCUUGCUGCACUACCUCCUGUCAAACUAGUUGUGGAAUCGCUGGAGAAAGCAGGAGUUCCGUACACAUUAUUUGACAAUGUGUCUAUAGAGCCCACAAAUGAAAGUUUGGCAGAGGCCAUCUCCUUCGUCCAAAAACAGCAAUUUGAUGGGUUUGUUGCUGUUGGUGGUGGGUCUGUGAUAGACACCGCAAAGGCUGCAAACCUUUAUCUCUGCCAUCCUGAGAAUGACUUCCUUGACUUUGUUAAUGCUCCAAUUGGUAAAGGUCUGCCUGUUCAAAUGACCUAAAACCACUGAUAUGUGUACCAACAACAGCAGGAACAGGAAGCGAGACUACAGGAGUUUCAAUCUUCGAUUACAAGCCUCUUGGAGCAAAAACAGGUAUAGGGAGCCGUGCUCUAAGACCACUGCUAGGUAUCAUUGAUCCGCGCCAUGUUAGACACAUGCCAAAGAAUGUUGCAACCUACUCUGGCUUUGAUGUACUUUGUCAUGCUCUGGAGUCGUAUACGGCCCUACCAUACACAGAAAGGAUUCCUUGCCCGUCAAAUCCUAAAUUACGUCCAGCUUAUCAAGGGAGCAAUCCUAUCUCCGACAUAUGGGCCAGGCAGGCACUUCAGAUCAUCAGAAAGUACUUCAAAAGGGCAGUGUAUGAUGCAGAGGACCAUGAGGCUAGGUCAGCCAUGCAUAUGGCCAGUUGCUUUGCUGGGAUAGGGUUUGGCAAUGCUGGUUGUCAUCUUCCCCAUGGUAUGUCAUAUCCAAUCUCUGGGCUAGUGAAGUCAUUUACAACAUCAGGAUAUGAUCCCAAAAAGCCGCUUAUACCACAUGGCCUCUCUGUUGUAGUAACUGCUCCUGCUGUAUUUAAGUUUACCUCUCCCAUGUGCCCUGAGAGACAUUUAGAAGCAGCUGAAUUACUAGGUGCCAAUGUAACUGGUGUUAAACUGGAGGAUGCUGGGAAUGCAUUAUCGGAUACGCUAAGGCAGUACAUGAGUGAUAUGGAUGUGGAGGACGGUCUCCAAGCACUGGGAUAUAGCACUGAAGACAUACCUGCACUAGUCAAAGGAACUCUUCCCCAGGAUCGUGUUACAAAACUAUCUCCACGGAAGUUCACUGAAGAACAUUUAUCGUAUAUCUUUGAGGACUCAAUGACUGUAUAUUAACAAAUUCUUGUUCAAUGUGACUUUUUAUGGUACACCUUAGAUAGUACUUGCCAUUUUGCAAACACCCUGUUGCUGCCUCACCACACUGUAAUUUCUACUCCGAGUAGCAACAACACUAACUGACAAGAUCAGGA